AUCCAGAUCUUGCAGACAAAAGAAGUUUCCCCUCACAACACUCCCUCCAUCCCUCUCUCUAUCCUGCAUUCCUCUCCUUUUUUAUCCCUUUUUCUCUCAGGACAGCCAGAACAGUUGAAUUGGGAUUCAUAUUGUGAAUGAGUAAACCCAGAAGAAGACAUGAAUUGGGUUGAAGAAGAAGAAGGAGGAGGAGGAGGAGGCCAAGCAACACCAUCACAGUCCCAACACAAUUCACCAUGAAAGCUUCCAACUUGAGCUUCAGCCUCUUCUUGACACUCACCUUCCUCCUCUCAUUGCCACUCCAGUCCCCUUCCCAACUCCUCCUUCUCCCUCAGAGGAGAAUUCUCCACCAGCCUCUGUUUCCGGCGACCUCGGCCCCGCCCCCCGAGUCCCCUCCCCCACCCCCGCCAACCCCACAGAGCCCCGAGUUCCCCGACCCGGACCAGCCCUUCUUUCCAGAGGUCCCCGGCGGCUCUACCAAUCCGCAGCAGAGCCAACCGCCGCCGUCGCCGCCGACAUCGGUCGCCGCUAAUGGGACCGCGGCGCCAAUCCCGACCGCCACGCAGCCCACUAAGCCCACCAAGAAAGUGGCCAUUGCGAUCUCGGUCGGGAUCGUCACGCUCGGGAUGCUCUCCGCGUUAGCAUUCUUCUUGUACCGGCACCGGUCGAGGCAGCCCAUCGAGACCCAGAAGCUGGUGGGGCCCCAUGACUCGGGCCGUUUCGAUCAUGACUCGAGGGCGAUGGGCGCGUCAUCGCAGCCCUCGAACUUCCUGUAUAUCGGCACGGUGGAGCCUGCCAAUGGAGGGACCAGAUCAAUGGGUGAUGGGAAUGGGAAUGGGAGUGGGAGUGGGACUUCUAGUGGAGCAAAGGGGUCGCCGUACCGGAAGCUGAACUCGAUCAAGAGAUCGGAAAGGUACCGUCCCAGCCCCGAGCUGCAGCCUCUGCCGCCACUGCCUAGGCCUCCAGUGGAAAACCCGGACCCCUCUCCAAUCUCGCCGCGUUCCUCAUCCGAGGAUGGUGAGGAGAGUCGUGACACCGGGUUCUACACUCCGAAUGGCUCCUCCGUGAGCAAUGAAGAGAGCUAUUACACUCCGAUUUCUCGGCAGAAUUAUCUAAACAAUGCGAGUACUAACAAUAAUUCUAGUACAUCGACUCUGGUUCCUCAUUCUAAGAGAACGUCUCCGAGAUCAAGGCUCUCAGCUUCUUCACCGGAGAUGAAACACGUCAUAAUUCCGUCUAUAAAGCAGGUCAUGCAACCGCCGGUGCCACCAGUUCCUCCACCAGCAGCUGCCACGCAGCGGGCCAAGGCACAGGAAAGCCCACAGAGCAUGCCAAGCCCGCCAAAAAAGCCGAAGUUCGCAUCCCCACCGCCACCUCCUAACCGGGAACUUCUCCAGUCAAUAAGCUCCUCAUCACCACGAACAAACAUAGCUCGACCACCGCCGCCGCUAACUCCUACUCCGCCACCGCCACCACCUCCACCUCCACCUCCACCUCCACGCCCGCCGCCACCUCCACCAGCUGCAGUGGCAGCUUCAGCUAUUCCUAGGAAAGUGGCAAAUCCGGAGGCCAAUGGUUCCAUCAAACUUCCACAAGAAUCAGCAGGUUCAAGAUCAUGGACUUCCAAUACCAAAACUCCCAUCACCAGGACUUCACCAGGAGCUCAGAAGGUGAGCCCUGGGGAAGAAACCAGUAGAAGCGGCAGUUCAUCGGAGAGGCAAAACGGAGACGAUAGUAAUGAAGGUAGACCCAAGCUAAAGCCUCUUCACUGGGACAAAGUCCGGGCGACUUCAGACAGAGCCACGGUGUGGGAUCAGCUGAAGUCGAGCUCGUUCCAGUUGAACGAAGAUAUGAUGGAGACACUUUUUGGAUGCAAUUCCACGAGCUCGGUCCCGAAAGAAGCAACCAGAAGGUCAGUGUUGCCCCCAGUUGAGCAGGAGAACAGGGUGUUGGAUCCCAAGAAGUCACAGAACAUAGCAAUCCUGCUGAGAGCAUUGAACGUAACGUGGGAUGAAGUGUCCGAAGCCCUUCUCGAUGGCAACCCAGAAGGCUUAGGUCCUGAGCUUCUAGAAACACUGGUAAAGAUGGCCCCGACAAAGGAGGAAGAGAUAAAGCUUCAAGCAUACGAUGGGGAUAUAUCGAAGCUGGGAUCUGCAGAACGGUUUCUCAAGGCAAUCCUUGAUAUCCCGUUUGCCUUCAAAAGAGUCGAAGCAAUGCUAUACAGAGCUAAUUUUGACGCAGAAGUCAAAUAUUUGAGGAAGUCCUUCCAGACACUAGAGACAGCCAGUGAAGAGUUGAGGAACAGCCGGUUAUUUCUUAAACUCCUUGAGGCUGUACUGAGGACAGGAAACAGAAUGAAUGUCGGGACAAACCGUGGUGAUGCCAAAGCUUUCAAGCUUGACACACUCUUAAAACUCGUAGAUAUCAAGGGAACAGAUGGCAAAACGACUCUUCUUCACUUUGUGGUUCAAGAAAUCAUCAGAUCGGAGGGCGAAAAUGCAAACUCCAAUGUUGAAAACCUUUCUAAACUGAAGGACGAUGACUUCAGGAAGCAAGGACUACAGGUGGUGGCGGGUUUGAGCCGGGACCUUGGAAACGUCAAAAAGGCUGCAGGAAUGGACUCUGAUGUCUUAAACAGCUACGUACUAAAGCUCGAGAUGGGGCUGGAGAAAGUGAGAAAUGUAUUGCAAUAUGAGAAGCCUGAGAUGCAGGGGAAGUUCUUUGAUUCGACUAAGCUGUUCCUCAGUGAAGCAGAGGACGACAUAACGAGGAUUAAGGAAGAUGAGAGGAAAGCUCUUUUACUAGUGAAAGAGGUGACGGAGUAUUUCCAUGGGGAUACUGCGAAGGAAGAGGCUCACCCUUUUAGGAUCUUUGUGAUUGUGAGGGAUUUCCUGUCGGUACUGGAUCAUGUGUGCAAGGAUGUGGGAAGUAUGCAAGAAAGGAGCGUGAUGGGUUCCGCAAGGUCAUUCCGGAUAUCUUCAACCGCUUCACUGCCGGUACUGAACCGAUACAAUGUCAGAGACACCAGGAGCUCCGAUGAGGAAAGUUUAUCCCCUUAAGAAAAUUUUUCCGUCCUAUAAUCGAGCCACAAAAUGGACUGGGAACUCCUAGUUUCUUCCACCACAAAGCAUGUUAGACAGAGUAGGAAACUAGAAAGUUUGGCUUCACAACACAAGAUCUUAUCUCCACACGACGAUCAAAGAUCCGAACCUCUUCCGGGUCAUUUUGGGCUCGGGUAGCAACAUCAGAUCAGUCCACAGGUGAAUAAGAAAGAUGCAAACCGUGACAGGACGAGAGCUGUAAUAUAGACUACAGAUGAAGGGCAAACAAAAAGAACCGCUUUUACAUCGCAGUCCCAGCACGUCUCCUAAACAGCAUAGUAAAUUUUUUGUUUUGAUUAGAAUCCCAUACGGAGUUUGAAAGCCGAAUGUCUUGAUCUUUGCUUUGUAAUGGUCAAGAUUAGCAUUUGUUUUUUAUAAUUACAAAUAAGAAAGUAGAUGCUUAUUCUUUUGAUGAACUUGUCGGCUUUAAAGGCACUAACUUGGUGCUUUUCCCA